AUGUUCGUAAAAUCCCUCCUCGCGCUCGGUGCUCUGGCUGCUCUCGUUUCUCCCGAGCUCGCACUCGCUCGUCCUUUGGUUGGCCGUUACGAAGUACCGACCCCCGCCCCCAUUGCUCGCGACGAUACAUCCACGUGCAAGGUUGUUACCGUGACCGUAGACGAUACUGCCGCGACGUCAACAGCUCUCGUGGCUGCUUCCACUGCGGCUGUCACUGCGACCGACGACACAUCGACGUGCAAGAUUGUCACAGUGACCGCGGACGAUUCUGCCGCGACCUCGAAUGUUCUCGUUGCUGCUUCCACUACGGCCGUGACCACGACUGCCGCCGCCGCGGCUGUCUCUUCGACGCUUUCCUCGUCCCAGAUCGGCAACUUCGGCUCGUGUACGGUCCCGGAGAUCGAGUUUGGUGUCGGCUUCGACGGGCGCAAGGAAACAUCCUUCCAGCCCGUUGACCAGGCCUCCUACAAUCACGGAUCCGCGGACAAUAUCGACAUCAUCACGCAGUUCAUGUGUGACCAGCUCGUGAACAGCUGCGGCGCCGACGCGACCGCACAGGCUACCUGCGCCUCUGCCAAGGCUGCCGCAGACACCGUCACCGCCAAGACGGGUGGACAAGCAGACGCGUUCAACGCGGUAUUCGGGAUCAAGACCGACUUUGCUGCUGUCCCCGAGGUGAGCGACCAGGGUGUGACCCAGAGCGUUGCCGCCUCCACAGCGGCAGCGACGGGUGCCGCGAGCGCGACGUCGGCUGCGAGCAGCUCGUCGAACAAGGGUUCAAGCGGGUCGUCGAACAAGGGCUCAAGUGGGUCGUCCAGCGGCAGCUCCAGCGGGUCAUCGGGCAACGAGGUGUGCGCGACAGCCACGGCGACCGUCACUGUCACCGUUACUGCGUCGUUCAUUGACACCGUGACCGCAUCCGCUUCAGCCGCCACCGCCUCCGGCCAAGUCGUUGUCGCGACCAGUGUGAGUUCCGUCGUGUCCACCGUCGCCGCGUCUGCGACCGCGUCCGCCUCGUCCAUCGGCGAUUUUGGCUCGUGCUCGGUCCCCGAGAUCGAGUUCGGCACUGGCUUUGACGGGCGCCGCGAGACGGCGUUCCAGCCGACGAACCAGACAUCGUACAACCAUGGCUCCGCGGACAACAUCGCGGUGAUCACGCAGUUCAUCUGCAACGCGCUUACCAACACCUGCGGCGCGGAUGCGGCGGCCAAGGCGACAUGCGCGCAGGCGCAGACCGCGGCUGCGGCCGCAACGGCGCUCACCGGGGCCCAGGCAGACGCAUUCAACGCUGUGUUCGGGAUAACGACCAACUUUGCGGCCGUACCGCAGGUCAGCAACACCGGCGUGACGCUUGCGGCGUCUGGUGCUGCGUCGGCCACUGCGGCUGCGGCUGCGAGCUCUACAGCAGCGGCUGUGAGCACGACUGCUGCAGCAGGCAAGGCCACGAGCGCUGCUGUCGCUGCAAGCACGGUCGCCAGUGCUGCUGCUGCGAGCUCGACCGCGUCGUCGUCCUCGAUCGGCAACUUCGGCUCGUGCACGGUCCCGCAGAUCGAGUUCGGUGUCGGGUUCGAUAAUCGGAAGGAGACGUCGUUCCAGCCGGUCGAUGAGACGUCGUACACCCACGGGUCUGCCGACAACAUCGACAUCAUUACGCAGUUCAUGUGCGAUCAGCUAGUGAAUAGCUGCGGUGCGGACGCGACCGCGAAGGCGACGUGCGCGAGUGCGAAGGCGGCCGCUGACACGGUGACCGCGAAGACUGGCGGGCAGGCAGAUGCGUUCAACGCGGUGUUUGGGAUCAAGACGGACUUUGCGGCUGUCCCCGUGGUGAACGACCAGGGCGUGACGCAGGCGGCCGUCGCGAGCACGGCGGCGGCUACGGCGAGCGCAUGA